ACGAUUCCCUUUUCUUAAAAGAGGCUUUUGAGACUUCCUCUUCUGUUCCAGGGAGUGAAGAACUUGGCGCUCUCUCUCCCCGUCCCUCUCUCUUUAAUCCAAACUAAUUUCCCAAGAAAAUCCUAUCUUUUCUAGGAAUGACGUAGCAGUCCCCCCUCUCCUCAUCAGAGUCGCAAUCUUCCUCUGAAGUCUGGUGUCGGAGAUAUUCAGUUUCCGAGAUUCGACCGUUCGACUGCUGCGCUUUAUCAUCUGGAAUCAAAAUCCUGUAGAAGUAGGUGGACUAGGGCUAGGGUUAGGGUUUCUUCGUUUUCGACUGUUCUGUUUCUUCUUCUACCAUGUACGCUGAUCGGGUGGGUGCUGGGACCAAGAGGUCUGUGAAGGAGCGGCUCAACGGGAACACCGAAGAAGAUUUUGGUCGAAGUAGACAGACUAAUAACAAGAGGCAGAGGCAAAAUGAUGACAAGUGGGAACAUGAUCUCUUCAAGGAUGAUAAUGAACCCCGUGUCGCAAACCGCAAAGUUGAUGCCAGAGAUCUUCGGUUGAAGCUCCAAAAGAAGAACUCAUUGCAAGUAUAUCAAAGUGGAAAGGGUACUCUAGCAGGUGGUGUCCGGGAUCUACGUGAAAAGCUGUCUGGCACAAUGCAAUCACAACCACCAAACACUGAUCCCCAAAAGUCAAAACCAGCAACAGAGGUUGCUAAACCUGCUAGAAAAAGUGUUGCAGUUGAAGCCCCAGCACCAGAAACCAAAAAAGCUCCCCCUUCAACUUCUUCAAGGAAAAAGACUCAACAAAAGGAUGAAAAAUCAAUGGAAGGGUUUUUGCAGUCUCUUGGUCUUGAAAAAUAUCAGAUCAUUUUUCAGGCCGAAGAAGUUGACAUGACUGCUCUGAUGCACAUGACUGAUGAGGAUCUCAAGGCAUUGGGGAUUCCAAUGGGUCCUAGGAAGAAGAUUCUUUUGGCAUUGGAUUCCAGAGCCUGAAAUUGGGGGUGGAGUGGUUUUCCGUUCACUCUGGAAUCUGGAUACGAGCUAUCUUCGUACAACAUUGAACAAUUACAAGAGUUUGGUACGAGGUGCAUCAUGUAUCCUCUUUCGAUUAAUUAUUUAGUUGUAUUGCUGAAAAUGGUUUCAACAGGAUGGAGUUGCAGUGGUGUCAAACCAAUAUGGAAUCAAUAUUUUGGGCCUGAGGGAAGAUGUGUAGUUUAACGAAUUUAUUGGCAUCUCUGAAUUAAGUUUUUGAUCCUUUCUAAUCCAAGAUCUUGUUCAGU